CCCCUUCAACACAAUAUCUUCGUCUCAAAUCUUGAUUCUUCCUGCAAGAUCUCGAUCGCGAUGAAUGGAGGAGGAGUUGUUAAUGAGACACGUGAAGCGACUCGUGAUGAGGAACGUGAAGAGGUUCUUCGGAUGGCCAGUCGUUUCGUCGUCGCGGGGUUGCUUGACCUUUUGACAGGAGUAUGCAAACAAGUAGCUCGUCCAGGUCCAAACCCGACGACGUAUUCCUGGGCGUUAGAGUUCAACCUGUGGGCGCAUCUGUCUUUCACGUUUGUGGUUUACAGAAUCCUCUGUGCUCCGCAGGUGCUUGAAAGCAUGAAGAAGAUACGAGUAGAGUGCGACGCGCAGCUCCUGUUGGGUGUUGUUUGUUUGAUAGCCACCUCGCUCCUUUUCUUCGCUUGUUAAUUCACCAGUCGUCCGGUGAGUGUUAAGUCAUUCCUGACUCUGCGUUCUUCCUCUUCCACCUUUCCACGUCAUCGGGAUCUCUUUUUUUCCCCUACUGUAGUAACUGUGUCGUUUAGUACGUAAAACCAUCGCCGUUGCUUACGUGCAAUCUUAUCUCUAUCUGCUUUUUUUCAUUGUG